AUUCAUCAUCAUUAUGAUAUUUUAUUAUAAUCAAGUCAUCAGUCUGGCAUCAGCUGACGUUUCACUAACAUGCUCAGUCUCGCAAAUAAUUUAUUGCAUACUACUCAAUUUUAUUCACGUACUCUAACAUCUAGUUUUAAAAGAGUUAUUAUUAAUAAUAAUAAUAAUUAUUAUUAUUAUUUCAAAUCACAACAAAAAUAUUCGACAAUAACAAGCAGGAAAACGUGCCUCUAUGAUUUACAUGUCGAACAUCAAGGAAAAAUAGUUGAUUUUGCUGGUUGGUUACUGCCAGUACAGUACAAAGAAGCAAUAGCAGUUUCACAUCAACACACAAGAACUCAAGCAUCACUAUUUGAUGUGGGACAUAUGCUGCAGACAAUAGUAUGGGGCAGAAAUUCUGGUGAAUUUUUAGAAAGUCUGACAACAGCUGAUUUAAAAAAUCUUAAAAUUGGCGGUGCUACACUGACUGUUUUUACAAAUGACAAUGGAGGAAUACUAGAUGAUUUAAUAAUUACCAAAGAUGGAGACGAUCGUUUCUACGUCGUAUCUAAUGCCGGUCGUAGAGAUGCGGACAUUGAAUUAUUUAACCAACGUAAGGAUGAGUUUGAUAAACGCGGGAGGCGAGUGCAUCUAGAGUACCUGGAUCCUUUGGAGCAAGGACUGGUUGCUCUUCAGGGGCCGAUGGCGGCGAAAGUAUUACAAAAACUUGUUGACAUAAAUUUAAAUACUCUUCUAUUUAUGAAUUUCAUUGAGACACAAAUUGAUAAAUUUAAUGUAAGGAUUACACGAUGUGGCUACACUGGAGAAGAUGGUUUUGAAAUAUCUUUCGAAGGAAAAUAUGCGACUGACAUUGUUGAUAUGAUUUUGGAAAAUGAUGAAGUCAAAUUAGCUGGCCUAGGUGCACGUGAUAGUUUAAGACUGGAAGCUGGUUUAUGUCUAUAUGGGCAUGAUAUUAAUGAAGAAACAACACCUGUCGAAGCUGGACUGACUUGGCUUGUUGCAAAGCGUAGACGUGAAGAAGCAAAUUUUCCAGGCGUGGAAAGAAUCUUGUCACAAAUAGAACAAGGGGUACAUAAAAAACGGAUCGGACUGACAAUAAACCAAGGGCCCCCUGCCCGAGAAAACGCGUCGAUAUUAGACGAAUUGGGUGAAAAAAUAGGAGUUGUUACUUCUGGAGGACCAAGUCCCACUCUAGGAAAAUCGAUUGCAAUGGGAUAUGUACCAACGAAAUACGCUAAAAAUGGUAGCAAUUUAUUGGUCCAAGUCAGGGGAAAAACAUGGAAAGCUACGGUUACAAAAAUGCCUUUUGUUAAAUCUAAUUAUUAUACCGGAAAAAAAUAAAUUUUUUAAAUUAAUAAAAAAUACUAAUUAUAAAAUAUUUUGAGAGAUUUCUCAU